GCGUUGCUGUCAACAGAAAAAACAUGGCGGCUCCCGUUAGAUGCAUGGCUGGAUCCUCCAGCAUAGGCAACACAACUAGUUUUCAGAAAAAAACCCGCAGCAAACUCGUUUCUAUCCCUGGGACCAGACCGUCUGUACAGAACGGACAACUCUUACUGUCAUCUGGCGUCAGCUCGCUUGACUACGUUAUUGGUGGUGGUCUGGCAGUUGGGACUCUUCUACUUGUAGAAGAGGACCGCUAUGACAGCUACUCCCGCAUGCUGCUCAAGUACUUCCUGGCGGAGGGAGUUGUGUGCGGACAUGAACUCUUCCUGGCAUCCGCCCGAGAUCACCCUGAUGAGAUCAUGCAGGAACUCCCUUCUCCAAUUAUGGAUGAAUUUGCCAGCCUGAAAACCAAUGAGGGUCAACCUCAACCGAGCGACCCAGAGAAUCCGGACACAAUGAAAAUCGCCUGGCGCUACCAGAACCAACCCAGAGUUCAGACUGCAUUGGCCUCCUCAUUGAGGUUUGGUCAUUACUAUGACGUAUCCAAGACCAUGGAGCCUGAGCUACGACAAACAGCCAAAUACCACAGUUUUUAUCAGCUACAGGAAACGCCAAUAACCACAGGAUCAAGUCCGUUACCAUCACCCUAUCAUGCUCUCCUGAAGGCCAUCCAGACGGUCAUCCGUAAGGAAGGGUUUGAUGGAUCCACACCCCAGUCUAAGGCUCGGAAUGUCCUGCGUCUGGGUCUUCAUUCUCUGGGAUCUGCGCUGUGGGGGGAUGAUGUGUGCUGUAAGGAUAACCCCGCCAACUGCCACGCCCUCUCCACCUUUCUCUAUGCCCUCCGAGGCCUGUUACGCACUUCACUCUCGGUCGCUAUGGUGACUGUACCCUCCCACCUCAUACAGAACAGAGCUGUAAUGGGACGAAUAAUCAGACUGAGUGACACAGCCAUCGCUCUGGAGUCAUUCAGAGGCUCAGAGAAGGAGACCAACCCACUUUACAAAGACUAUCAUGGUCUCCUGCAUGUUCGUCAGUUGCCUCAUCUGAACUGUCUGUCAUGUGAAGUACCCGAUACGAAAGACUUGGCCUUCAAACUCAAGAGGAAGCAGUUCACAAUUGAGAGACUGCACUUGCCUCCAGACCUGUCAGAGACGGUGAGUCGAGUGAGUAAAACAGAACUGGCAGCAGGAUGUGGUACCACUGCCACGGGCAACAAGCACCUAGAUUUCUAGCGGAUUCCCAUCCUUCCUGCACCCUCCCCCUCCAGUUCCCACCACCACCACCACCCCUGUGAUGUUCAAGGGCAGGAGAGCGCUGGAGCUGCACUUCGACAACACUAGGUUACGGUCGCACCUGCACUGACACGGUUUCUGUGAAUAUUAGUGAAAGAGAUUAAGAUGGCUCAGCGUUUAGUAAUUACACAACUUGGAGAAGAAUGCAAGACGGUGAUAUUCAGUGUCACAAGAACCUGACAAGCACCUGUUGCUCUCUUUGGAUAAAGCGAGAAUGUGACGCAAAUAACGAUAACGUAAUAUGGCUACCAGUGUCUUUUCAGUGUACUUCAUGGCUUCCUGGUGUUUAUUAGUUUAUGUAGCUAAUAAAUAUUUGGUGUCAAUAAAGUUUGUAAAAAUGUUUAAAAAUAAAAUUCAUGGUUUUAUUCAGGUUCAAAACAAA